AUGGACAGUCCCACCAGAGGAGCUGAAGAUUUCAUUGCUGCGCUCUGGAAUGACUUUGACGACGAUUACAGUGGUGUGUUUUCAUAUCAGCAGUACACAAAUGGAAGCGUCCUCACUCGCGCCACUCAGGAUAUCAACCAGUAUUUCUCUCAAGUGAACAUCAAUGCUGCUUGGGUCUUUGUCGUCACUUGGAGAUAUGCUCUUCAGCCAGACCCGGCAAUCCUUUUUCAAGUAGUUUUAAUUUCAGGCAGUGGUCAGUCUUACUUUCUGAUGAAUUAUGGUGACUGCGCUGUGUUAUAUGGUCAAUUGGAGGCUGGAUAUGACACAAUAAACUCCACAAGCUACUUUGUAAUUCCUGAUUCAACUAAUGGCAACUACCAAAACCUGAAGAACACAACUAAUGUAAAUGUUCCUGGUCGUUGGGCAUUUAACGCAUGGGCAGCACCAGCAAUAUUCUAUCUGUUCGGCUCAGCAGCAGGAGACACAGAAUAUUCUCUUACUUCCGAUGAAGGCUAUGUACCCGUUUCCUUCUCCAUUCCAUAUACAUUCUUUGACAACACGUACAACAGCUUAUAUGUGAGAUUUCAUUUCCAAUGCCAGUCUACAGUUAAUAUGAAUGCAAAUGUUGUGAUAAUCAAUUCUUUUCUGCUGGAUUUGAACUGAUUUCUUGCAUUACAGGUUCAUUUUAACGGACUCCUUACAUUCAACCAACCUGAACCAGCAUC